AUGCACACACGCGCGAUGCUGUAUGCGCCGCGGACGAGACUGGACCGAAUUUCGGCAGAAUGCCAUAAUGCGCGAUAGCAAUUCUCACGUCACCUUCUUGUGACGUAACCCGAUUCACUGUCUGGAUUGGAAUCAAGGCUGUUUAUUCAACAAAAAUAAAAUAUACAAACAAAGAAGCUGAACCAACUAUGAACAUGUUUCCAUCACUCCUGGAUUCAGUACCUAAAACCAGGUCGCAAUUCGUAAAUGACCUGGAAAUACCUGAAAUUCCUGUGACGCCAUACAUCUGGACUCCUGAGGUGACCCCGAGGCUUAGUUUAUCUUCACUCAGUGAAGAGGAUGUGAGGACAGAGUCUUCAGCUUCCAGUCUAGCUCUCUCUAGGGCUAUGACUGACUCGGAGAUAGAUUAUGAGAGGUUUAGACGAUUUCAGAAAAGAAGCCUCAGUGAUCCGUGGUUGGAAUUAAGGAAGGCUUUAAACUCUUUUCCACCUGGAUAUCUGGACUCGCUGAAUAAUUUCAGUUGUCAGGUAUCAGAAUCAGAAAGCGUGGAGCGAGUGACAAGCGUGGGUAAGCCCAGCUACCAUGAGGAAUUACGAUUGAAGAUGGAAAGAUUCUUCGAUCAGGAGUGUCCCGUGUUCAGCCCUGAUGACCCUGGGUAUAUCGCUUUACAGGAAGCUUUAGCUGAUUCGGAGUUAAAGGACUCGGAUUUGGAGAGCAGUCUAUCGUGAGGGAUACAAAACUCUUGUUGGAGGGAGAAUGAUUCUGUAACGCGAAGUGCGUUUAUUUAGCAAAGCGAUUAAAAAAAUAAUGAUAAAAAAAAA